AGUGGUUGAUUCCCAUUUGAGCCCCAACAUGUCGAAUCGCCUUUUCCUUUCCAGUCUCAGAGGGGUCCGUCGUCUUGCUAAUGCAAAUGAUGAAACACGACAGCAGGCUGGGAGAAUGCGGAGCGCUGCCGAUGCAGAGACGGCUGCAGAAAUAGUCAUGGGAGAUGCCGAGGGAGACGAUCAUAAGCGGUCUGCUGGUGUGGUACGUAAAGGGCGUGGCCAUGGCGGUGAGAGAGCUCUCUUAGAAGGGCCCCUCUCAUCCUCCUCGAAUACACGGAGACGAACUGCGAAGGUUUCUGCUGAUGUCGCCAUGGAGGAUGACGAGUUCGGGAAUCACAUUAGAAGUGGUGGCGUAGCUAGUCCGGACUCAGCCUUGAAUAAUUCCUACUAUCCUCGAGAAAGCAUUGGAGGUAAGGAUGUUUGGAGGCAUGAUAUGUACACUGGUCCAAUGUCCGCUGGGUCGUGGGUGUUCGUUAGAAACUGCCCGUCCACUGUGACGCCACAGCAACUGUAUCAUCUAUUUCAGGCUACUGUCAACAGCCCGGUCGUCUCUGUGAAGGUUCAUAGAGGCUCGAUACCGACGGCCCUUAUCGGGUUCAUCCGGCGUGAUGCUGCGGAAACCGCUGAGAAUAAACUGCAUGGACGACAUGUGGAUGGAGCAGUGUUGAAGGUAUGCAAGGUUGACGAAUCCGUUGCGGAGAUUGAAGAUACCGAACAGGGGGGCGACUCUGGACAGCAUUCUAGGACCACAGUGCGGACACCCCCACAGAGGACUCCAAGGAGAGGAGGGUGGACCGUCAGUCGAAGCGGCUCAGGACGGCAAGUCAGACGUGCUCCCUUCAAGAGGCGCUCGUCUGAGGGCAGAAGUCGUGACAAUAUCGUAUUGAAAACGAAUGAGGCGGGAGGAAGGUUCCGACGAUAAUGGUUUCCAACUAUGUUAUACCGUGUAGCAUUUCGACGUAUAAGUGGCGGUGGGCACUGUGAGAGAACCUAACGGUCUUCUGGUGUGUACACUAUGCUGUCGGUCUCUGUUGUUGUGCGCCGCCA